AUGAGUAACGACGAGACCACCGGAACUCCUGCAGUCCCUCAGACGGUGCACGGAGAUGUUGCGAACCGGCGGCCAAGCAUCAGCUCUCAGGAUUCGCAGACUGCAAAAGAAUUCAUCGCAUCCCAGAUGCGCCUCGAAGCCGAUGCCCGCGAAGUGCUUCCAUAUUCAUUCGACUCCUGUACACAAAAUCUAGGACCGCUACGACAGAGUCUCUUCGCAUGCCUUACCUGCAACCCUCCUCCCGCGACCCCGGAUGCGCCCUUUACUGCUGCGGGUGUUUGUUAUUCCUGCUCCAUCGUCUGCCACGGAGAACAUACGCUCGUCGAGCUUUUCAACAAAAGGAACUUCGUAUGCGACUGUGGAACGACCCGAAUUAUCGAGUCUACGCCGUGCACGCUCCGAAGCGAUCCGAAGACCGGCGCAAAAGGCGUGAAGUUAGAAGAACCGCACCCUGGAAACCGGUAUAACGGAAACUUUCAGAACAAGUUUUGCGGCUGUGGUGAAGAUUAUAAUGCAUACGAGGAGAAGGGAACGAUGUUCCAAUGUCUAGGCUUAGGGACAAGUGAGACUGGCGGCUGUGGUGAAGACUGGUGGCACCCGGAGUGCCUUAUAGGUCUUCCACGGGACUGGUACAAGAAUUCGAAGAAGAAUGAAAAUUCAGAGAACAACACCUCCAAUGAACAAGACGAUGACGAUGAUGACACGCCGCUACCUCCACGAUUCCCUAGCGAAGAUGAUUUCGAGACCUUCCUUUGCUACAAGUGUGUCGAGUCGAACCCUUGGUUGAAGCAGUAUGCCGGCACACCAGGAUUCCUACCCCCUGUCUUCAAAGAUGGCGGAUUCCAGAAUGAUAUAAAACAAGAGUAUGUAUCUGCCUCAGAAGCUCCACCGGCCGUUUCAGAGAACCAGCCCGACGACAACCCUAGGAAGCGCAAAGCGGAAGACGACGCCGACGACAAAAACCAUAACGAGCCAGCUUCCAAGCGACCCAAAGAAGAAACCCAGGAUACGGCCUCUGCAACUACUGAAGCCAAACCAGAACCCGAACAACAGCAGAAGCGGAAACACGAGUCACUCCCCCUAACCGCCCCGUCAGCUGCUUUCUCCCUUUUCUUCAAAGAAGACUUCCGUGACCAAUUCUGCCGGUGUCCCGACUGCUAUCCCAAUCUAGCCAAGCACCCUCAACUCCGCGAAGAAGAGGAUACUUACGAACCUCCUCUCUCCGAAGAUGGAGACGGUGCUGGGAGCACAGGUACCAGAAGUAUCUAUGACCGCGGCGAAGCAGCUCUCAACAACGUAGAUCGCGUCCGGGCCAUCGAAGGUGCAAUGGUCUACAACCAUCUCCGAGACAAGGUUAAAGAAUUCCUGAAACCUUUUGCAGAUAGCGGCACAGCUGUUGGCGCGGACGAUAUCAAGGCCUAUUUUGAGAAAUUACGAGGCGAUGAACAGCAUAUCAAAGAUGCCGCUGGGAAGGGCUCUACAGGUCAUGGCAGUGAUGAUGAGAAUAGUAAUGGGGACGGGAGUGCAAGACAAGAGCAAAGUGGCUACUGA